AGGGAGGGGGGGGGCAGCGCCGAGCACCGCACCAAGAUGGCGACACCCGCAGUUCCUCCUGCAGCUCCCGCACCGCCGCAGUCCGGCAGCGCCGCGCGGGAGACGCGUUAGUGCAGCGGCCACAAGCUGACCUGUCCGGGUGCAACAGAGCAAAAGAAGCUGCUGCAGGAUGAAAAGAUGGCAGCGCGGCUGCUCGCACCACCAGGCCCUGAGAGCUUCAAACCCUUCACUCCGGAGUCUCUGGCCAACAUCGAGAAGCACAUCGCCGAGCUGAAGAAGAAGCAGCGCUCCAAGCAGGACAGCAGCCACCGGGAUGACGAUGAAGACAGCAAACCAAAACCCAACAGUGACCUCGAGGCGGGGAAGAACUUGCCUUUCAUCUAUGGGGACAUCCCAAAAGGCCUGGUUGCUGUACCCCUGGAGGACUUUGACCCUUAUUAUAUGACCCAGAAAACCUUUGUAGUACUAAACAGAGGGAAAACACUCUUCCGAUUUAGUGCCACACCUGCCUUGUACAUUUUAAGUCCUUUUAAUCUGUUUAGAAGAAUAGCUAUUAAAAUUUUGAUACAUUCAGUAUUUAGCAUGAUCAUUAUGUGCACUAUUUUGACCAACUGUGUAUUCAUGACUUUUAGUAACCCACCUGAAUGGUCGAAGAAUGUGGAGUAUACAUUCACUGGCAUUUAUACGUUUGAAUCCCUUGUGAAAAUCAUUGCAAGAGGUUUCUGUAUAGACGGCUUUACUUUCCUCCGGGAUCCAUGGAACUGGCUGGAUUUCAGUGUGAUCAUGAUGGCAUAUGUCACAGAGUUUGUGGACCUUGGGAAUGUCUCAGCCUUGAGAACUUUCAGAGUUCUCCGAGCUUUGAAAACUAUCUCUGUUAUUCCAGGCUUGAAGACCAUUGUGGGUGCCCUCAUUCAGUCUGUGAAGAAGCUAUCGGAUGUAAUGAUCUUGACGGUGUUUUGUCUCAGUGUCUUUGCUCUCAUCGGCCUGCAGCUCUUCAUGGGCAAUUUGAGGAACAAGUGUGUGAUCUGGCCCAUCAAUGUCAAUGAGACAUUCCUGGAUAACGGCUCAAGGGGCUUUGACUGGGAGGAAUACACCAACAAUAUGUCUAAUUUCUACAUCAUUCCUGGUGCCCCUGAUCCUUUGCUCUGUGGUAACAGCUCGGAUGCAGGCCAAUGUCCGGAGGGUUACACGUGCAUGAAAGCAGGACGGAACCCCAACUACGGUUACACAAGCUUUGAUACUUUCAGCUGGGCUUUCCUGGCUUUAUUUCGCCUUAUGACUCAGGACUUCUGGGAGAACUUGUAUCAGUUGACCUUACGAGCAGCAGGAAAAACCUACAUGAUCUUCUUUGUCUUGGUGAUCUUUGUGGGAUCCUUCUAUCUGGUUAAUCUCAUUCUGGCUGUGGUAGCUAUGGCUUAUGAAGAGCAGAACCAGGCCACGUUGGAGGAGGCAGAGCAGAAGGAGGCAGAAUUCAAGGCCAUGUUAGAACAACUGAAAAAGCAGCAGGAAGAAGCACAGGCUGCUGCUAUGGUCACUUCGGCAGGGACAGUCUCUGAAGAUGCUGUGGAAGAUGAUGGUGGUGGGGUGAGGAUGUCUCGGAGCUCUUCAGAGCUUUCCAAACUCAGUUCCAAGAGUGCCAAGGAGCGCCGGAACAGGAGGAAGAAACGCAAGGACAAGGAGCUGUCAGAAGGAGACGAGAAGUGUGACAAUGAGAAGGUGUUCAAGUCUGAAUCCGAGGAUGGCAUGAGGAGGAAAGCGUUCAGGCUACCGGAUAACAGGCUGGGAAGGAAGUUUUCCAUCAUGAACCAGUCUCUCCUCAGCAUCCCCGGCUCCCCUUUCCUCUCCCGACACAACAGCAAGAGCAGCAUCUUCAGCUACAAAGGGCGAUUUCGGGACCCGGGCUCAGAGAAUGAGUUUGCUGAUGAUGAACACAGCACUGUGGAGGAGAGUGAAGGCAGGAGAGAUUCCCUCUUCAUCCCCAUCCGUGGCCGGGACCGCCGGAGCAGCUACAGCGGCUACAGCGGCUACAGCCAAGGCAGCAGAUCCUCCCGCAUCUUCCCCAACCUCCGGCGCAGCGUGAAGAGGAACAGCACGGUGGACUGUAACGGCGUGGUGUCCCUCAUCGGGGGUCCCCCCUCCAGCAUGCCCGGGGGACGCCUUCUGCCUGAGGGUACCACUGAAAUCGAAAUCAGGAAGAAACCUGGUGGCUCCCUCUUGGUCUCCAUGGAUCAGGUGAACGCAUCCUAUGGAAGGAAAGACCGAACCAACAGUGUAAUGACCGGGUUGACAAACACCCUUGUGGAGGAGCUGGAAGAGUCGCAAAGGAAGUGUCCCCCUUGCUGGUACAAGUUUGCCAACACGUUCUUGAUCUGGGAAUGCCACCCGUACUGGAUGAAGCUGAAGGAGAUAGUGAACUUAAUUGUCAUGGAUCCUUUUGUUGACUUGGCCAUCACCAUCUGUAUUGUGCUGAACACGUUGUUCAUGGCCAUGGAGCACCAUCCUAUGACCCCAGAGUUUGAACGUGUGCUCUCCGUAGGGAAUCUGGUUUUCACUGGAAUUUUCACAGCAGAAAUGUUCCUGAAGCUCAUUGCCAUGGAUCCCUACUAUUAUUUCCAGGAAGGCUGGAACAUCUUUGAUGGAUUUAUUGUCUCCCUCAGUUUAAUGGAACUGGGUCUAGCAGAUGUGGAAGGACUUUCUGUGCUGCGAUCUUUCCGAUUGCUGAGAGUCUUCAAACUGGCCAAGUCUUGGCCCACUCUGAACAUGCUGAUAAAAAUCAUCGGUAACUCAGUUGGUGCCUUGGGGAACUUGACCUUGGUGCUUGCCAUCAUCGUGUUCAUCUUCGCCGUGGUGGGAAUGCAGCUCUUUGGCAAAAGCUACAAGGAGUGUGUCUGCAAGAUCAAUCCGGAGUGUGAGCUACCCCGCUGGCACAUGCACGAUUUCUUCCACUCCUUCCUUAUUGUCUUCCGUGUGUUGUGUGGGGAAUGGAUUGAGACCAUGUGGGAUUGUAUGGAAGUAGCAGGACAGGCCAUGUGCUUGAUUGUCUUCAUGAUGGUCAUGGUCAUCGGCAAUUUAGUGGUGCUGAACCUCUUCUUAGCCUUGCUCCUGAGCUCCUUCAGCGCAGACAACUUAGCAGCAACAGAUGAUGAUGGGGAGAUGAACAACCUGCAGAUCUCUGUUAUCCGCAUCAAGAAGGGCAUUGCCUGGAUCAAGGCAAAAGUGCGUGAGUUCAUGCAGGCUCAUUUCAAGCAGAGGGAGGCAGAUGAGGUCAAACCCUUGGAUGAGUUGUAUGACAAGAAGGUAAACUGCAUCGCUAACCACACAGGGGCUGAUAUCAACAGAGACAUUGAUUAUCAGAAGAAUGGCAAUGGCACCACAAGUGGAAUUGGGAGCAGUGUGGAGAAGUACAUAAUAGAUGAAGAUCACAUGUCCUUCAUCAAUAACCCCAAUCUCACUGUCCGGGUACCUAUUGCUGUAGGUGAAUCAGACUUUGAAAAUCACAACACAGAAGAUUUCAGCAGUGAUACAGAUCCUGAUGGCAGCAAAGAGAAACUGGAUGAAACCAGCUCCUCUGAAGGUAGCACCAUUGACAUCAAGCCUGAAGUGGAAGAAGUCCCUGUGGAGGCACCAGAGGAGUAUCUGGACCCAGAUGCUUGCUUCACAGAAGGGUGCACACAGCGCUGCAAAUGUUGCCAGGUCAAUAUUGAGGAGGGGCUGGGGAAGUCUUGGUGGACCUUGAGGAAGACUUGUUUCCUCAUUGUGGAACAUAACUGGUUUGAGACUUUCAUCAUCUUCAUGAUCCUCCUGAGCAGUGGUGCUCUGGCUUUUGAGGAUAUUUACAUAGAACAGAGGAAAACCAUCCGGACCAUCCUGGAAUACGCAGACAAGGUCUUCACCUACAUCUUCAUCCUGGAGAUGUUGCUGAAGUGGUGUGCUUAUGGAUUUGUCAAGUUCUUCACCAAUGCCUGGUGCUGGCUGGAUUUCCUCAUUGUGGCUGUCUCUUUAGUCAGCCUUAUAGCUAAUGCCCUGGGCUACUCGGAACUAGGUGCCAUAAAGUCCCUUAGGACACUAAGAGCUUUGAGGCCUUUAAGAGCGUUGUCCCGAUUUGAGGGGAUGAGGGUGGUUGUCAACGCCUUGGUUGGCGCUAUCCCUUCCAUUAUGAAUGUGUUGUUGGUCUGCCUUAUCUUCUGGCUGAUUUUCAGCAUUAUGGGGGUUAACCUGUUUGCUGGGAAGUAUCAUUACUGCUUUAAUGAAACAGCUGAGGAGCGCUUUGAAAUAGAUAUUGUUAACAACAAGACAGACUGUGAGGCGCUGAUGCCACCCAACUCCACCGAGAUCCGAUGGAAGAACGUCAAAAUCAACUUUGACAACGUUGGCGCAGGAUAUCUGGCUCUUCUCCAGGUGGCUACUUUCAAGGGCUGGAUGGACAUCAUGUAUGCAGCAGUAGAUUCCAGAAAGCAAGAAGAGCAACCCAAGUACGAGGACAACAUUUACAUGUACAUCUAUUUUGUUAUCUUCAUUAUCUUUGGCUCCUUUUUCACCCUCAACUUGUUCAUUGGUGUCAUCAUUGACAACUUCAAUCAACAAAAGAAAAAGUUUGGAGGUCAAGAUAUUUUCAUGACAGAAGAACAGAAGAAGUAUUAUAAUGCCAUGAAAAAACUGGGCUCAAAGAAGCCUCAAAAACCUAUUCCUCGACCUCUGAACCGCAUUCAAGGAGCUGUCUUUGACUUUGUUACUCAGCAAGCAUUUGAUAUAGUCAUCAUGAUGCUCAUUUGCCUCAACAUGGUCACCAUGAUGGUGGAGACUGACACACAAAGCAAGCAGAUGGAGGACAUCCUUUACUGGAUCAACCUGGUGUUUGUCAUCUUCUUCACCUGUGAGUGUGUGCUGAAGAUGUUCGCUUUGCGGCACUAUUAUUUCACCAUCGGGUGGAACAUUUUUGACUUCGUGGUUGUGAUUCUGUCCAUCGUGGGAAUGUUCCUGGCUGAGAUCAUUGAGAAGUACUUUGUGUCACCCACUCUCUUCCGAGUCAUCCGACUGGCUCGCAUUGGACGUAUCCUGCGCUUGAUCAAAGGAGCCAAAGGAAUCCGCACCUUGCUUUUUGCCUUAAUGAUGUCCUUGCCUGCCUUGUUCAACAUUGGCCUCUUGCUCUUCUUGGUCAUGUUCAUCUUCUCCAUCUUUGGCAUGUCAAACUUUGCCUACGUCAAGCAUGAGGCUGGCAUAGAUGAUAUGUUCAACUUUGAGACCUUUGGCAACAGCAUGAUCUGCUUGUUCCAGAUCACCACAUCCGCUGGCUGGGAUGGCCUGCUGCUGCCCAUCCUCAACCGGCCUCCUGACUGCGACUUAGACAAGGAGCACCCCGGGAGUGGUUUUAAGGGGGAUUGUGGGAACCCUUCCGUGGGGAUAUUUUUCUUUGUGAGUUAUAUCAUCAUCUCCUUCCUGAUUGUGGUCAACAUGUACAUUGCCAUCAUCCUGGAGAACUUCAGCGUGGCCACAGAAGAGAGUGCAGAUCCACUGAGUGAGGAUGACUUUGAGACCUUCUAUGAGAUCUGGGAGAAGUUUGACCCUGAUGCGACCCAGUUCAUAGAGUACAGCAAGCUCGCAGACUUUGCUGAUGCUUUGGAACAUCCUCUCCGUGUCCCAAAACCCAACACCAUCGAACUCAUUGCCAUGGACCUGCCUAUGGUAAGUGGAGACAGGAUCCACUGUUUAGACAUCCUGUUUGCCUUCACUAAACGUGUCCUGGGGGACAGUGGGGAGCUGGAUAUACUCAGACAACAGAUGGAGGAAAGAUUUGUGGCAUCCAACCCUUCCAAAGUGUCUUAUGAGCCCAUCACAACCACGCUGCGGCGCAAGCAGGAAGAGGUUUCAGCAGUGGUUAUCCAGAGGGCUUACAGGGCUCGCUUAGCACGACGGGGCUUCAUCAGCCGAAGGCCUGUAUCCACAAAGCUGGAAAACGGGGGAGCAAACAGGGAGAAGAAGGAAGGCACCCCAUCGACGGCAUCCCUCCCGUCGUACGACAGUGUAACCAAACCUGAGAAGGAGAAGCAGCAACGGGCGGAGGAGGGAAGACGGGAAAGAGCCAAGAGGCCAAAAGACGUCAGGGAAUCCAAGUGUUGAGACAGUAGGAUUGUACAGUUCCGACUCUUUGCAAGCAAAAAGGUUGUUUACAGACUUCCUGAGAUGUAUCACUACAGAAGAGCUGUGGAGACACUUACCUGAAGAUCUUAUACCAAACAUAGUCUGCUUCCUGUGUGACAGCGUUGCAUCUAAAGCAGUGAGCUCCCACCUCUUGAAGGGACCCUUUGCAACCAACCAGUUAAACACCCCCAAAAUCAAGGAUUAACAAAGGAUUUUCUAUCGUUUGGGCAGGUGGAUACUGCAUGUUCCACAUCAGUCAAUGCAACUUAGGACAAACAAGCAAACUAAACCACACACACCCGCACAGAACCAAAACCUGCUGCUGGGAUUCCUGUAUUUGUCCAAAGCAGCCCCUAAAUGGAUUUGAUUUCCCUGUUUUGUUGAUUAUUCUUCUUCUUCUGGAAAGAAACCCCCAAAGUCACAAUGUUCAAGGGUUUGUUCCUGCAAAACUAGGUUUGCAUUUAGUGAAGCAGCAAAAAAAACCCAAAACCAUAAAACACACAAAAAAAGAGGAAAAAGUUAAAACAAGUAGAACAAAAAAAGAGGCAGAACAAAGCAGCAAAGCCCCAUUUAACCCAGGCCCUUCAGUUCUCAUUGUUUCUUUGCUCUUCCUUAGCUACAUUCUACUUUAUCCAUGGGCUUUACUUGGUUUGGGAGAUGGGGUCAUCGGGUACCUUCAGCCUGGGGCCAGCUCAGGUUGAUCCCCCCCCCAAAAGUGCUCGUUCAAUGCAUGAUGGCAUGCCGUGACCAGGGACCAUGCAUGAGGAACCAUGAAACCACGAGACACAAUAACCUGUCCACAGCAGUGUGUCAAGCCAUAAAGUCGAGGCACUCCACUGACAAGGUAACACUGGGUUUGGGAUCUAACAAGAACCAUGCCCUUCACCAGUACAUCCCAGUUCUUAGCGCCCUUUCCUAGAGCCACCAGUAGGAGAAAAAGCAAAAGUGCAACAAAGAGAUGAAAUAAUUGUGUGUGUAUGUUUAAUACAUGUCUUCUUAUUUGGGUUUUUUUGCCAUCUUUUUGCACAUUAAAAUAGAAUAACCAAACUAAAUGCUGCUCUGGACCUCAUCCAAGGGGAGAUGAUACAACCUGAGAAUGGCUUCUUCUACUGUGUCACUAAACCCAAGCUCUAGGGCUUCAGUCCCAGGCAGUAAGUUCAUUUGUAUCCUCUAUUUAGCAGUAAUAUUCUUCCUCAGCCUCCAUCCUGCAGCGUGGACACUUUGUUCUGGUAGAGAUAAGUGCUGAAGUCCUGUGUUAUCUCUACUGGUAGAAACAUGGGGAGCUUCCCCACAGCAAUGCCACUUGUGGGGCUGGGGGACAGGGAUGUGACUCGCAGCGGUCCGUUGUCCCAUGGCCAUCAGGAUUCCUGCUCCGGGUGGGAUGCAGAGAGGCAGCUUUUGGAAACCCUGAGCCCUUCCUCUCACUUGGAAGCAGGGAAUGGCACAGGAAGGGCCACAUCCCAGGGCUGAGACCCAGCUCUUGGGUGCCUUCACCUCCUUCCCAUUUAGUGCUUUCAUGGAGCAGCGCCCACCAUGGGAUGGGCAGGAAUCAGAGCUACCUCUUGCCUAAGUCUCGCUGCAGCAGUAACUGGUGCCACAGGAACAUCACGAGCCAAAUCCAAGCGUUGCUUUUCCUCCAUGACCAGACUCAGACCUCCCCCAGCUCCUGUUUUGUGGUGUCCUCAUCAAUACUCAGCCACUGCUCUGGCUGAGGUGUGUUUCUUCAGGGCCAGCAUCGGGUGUUCCCACACGGCAGGGCAGCAGCACGAGGGGUCGGUGCUGCUCACCUCCAUCAGGGAUGCUGAGGUUGAGGAUGGACCAAAGGAAGGGUACCCAGAAUAGCAGGAAACAAAGCCCCAAGCCCCCAGGACUCAAUGGCAGGAUGAACCUUGGUUUGCAUCAUCUCACAACCCAGAGAAUCCAAGGAGUCACUUGAAAUCCCAAAGUCCAGCAGGAAGCCACCGGUGCCCUCGGCAUCAUCCAUGGCAAUGGAGCAGUCCUGCUGCUCCCAGCACCACAGUAAGGAACCUUUUCUAUCCCGUCAGCUCUUGCCCCACUCGCUCCUAGGAUGUGAUGUAUAAUAUAACACAGGAGAACCCAACAACCUCCAUACACAUGUACAGGCUACAUUGUAAAACAGCACAAAACGAGGCAAAUAGCUGAGAAGUGUGGUUGAACUUUUUAAAGAUACUAUUAUAAAUAGUGUAAUAUAUCCUUUUAUUUUAUCAGCAUGCCUUUUUGUAAAUACAAAGAACUACAAAAGAAGUAUAGAAUGGCUUCUGGCUUAUGCCAUUGUCCAUGGUUAUCCUUAUUUUUUUAAUACCUUUCUGUUCUCCUUCGACUUUAGAGCCAGUGACUGUCCCCAAAGGCAAAAAGAGAGAAAUAACCCCCUAUUCCCUCCCCCAAAACGGCUUUUAAACAAAGCUUUAUUGCAAAUGAUCUUUGCAACAGCAAAACUCUCCAUUUUUGGGUUCCAAUGUGCAAUAAGUUGAGCACUUCUAUGCAAGUUUUGGCUCAAGUUCAUCGUUGUUCUUCAGCUGGGCUAUUGACUCGUAGGUGAAGCUUGGUGCGUUGAAGCGUUCGUGCUGGCCAUUGCAUUCAGCUACUCGAUUAAUUUCCAAUAAAAAGUCCCUUCAAACUCUGGA